AUGUGUCUUCCUUCCAAUAUAACAUCGUGGCCUCCUCUGGGCCAGCUUACAUUUAUACAUCGGAAAAGGGGGGCACAAGAUAAUAUCCACGCCACAAAUAACUUGAGUUUUACGGUGGUGCUUGAAUCAGAUCAUCAUUUUCCGGAACAGUCUUAUGAGGUUGUCGUUUGGCACAAUAUUUGCAGUGACGCCUGGACAGGACUUGAAUUAAAGAGUUCCCCUGACUCUCAGCUCACUGUAAUCAGUGAUAACACUUCAAGUAGAUGCUUCCGGAAAGCAUUCGUUGGCGAAAUACCGCUUCCUACAGAAAGGAACCAUGCAGAGUUUACUAUCAAAUACAAACCAAGGGCAGACUGCGCAUGGCAAUGGGCUAAUGAAACGUUUAAAGCUAAGAAUGGGGAGAUUAUUAUCGAACCAAUGAAACCUUUAUCGAAUGACAAUACAUACUCUCUGCAAAACUACCUGCAUUCAAUAAAUAACAAUAUUGACGUUAAACCUGGGCGAAGUGACGCUGCAGGUGCUUUACUUUGGAAUAUCAGCUGUCAGAUUGAGCCGGCCGUCAACGGAGAGAGCAAGACCUCCAGAAUCUUGCUUGGUACCCCGAAAGACUAUGUUCGAACCUUUUCUCUUGUUCGAGCUUCGGCAUCUUGGCUAGCACCACGGCAAGGGACGACAAGCUAUAACUUGAACGAAGACGCUCUAGUCUCAUCUUUCGUAUACCGAGAUGGUAUCGUGAUGGUUUUGGUCUCUGUGAGCGGUAUUGACGAUGUUUUGACCGUCUUUCAAUCUGGUAAAGAAGGUGAACUCAUCAUAAGUUCAAGAAAUGACAACAACCGCGCAGCGAAGAGUGAUGCUGUGGCUGCAAUUGCUAGUUCAUUUGAGAUAGCCAUGGCUGCGGCAAUAUAUGAAGCUCGAAAGAAAUCGCAAAACUAUUCAGUGGCUUUACAACAUAUAUACCCAGCAGAUAAUGACCAAGAGCCGGCUCAUACAGGGGUAGCUAAUGGGCCGACACUCAAAUGGCAACCGGAGUGGUAUGAUGGAUUGUCAUACUGCACGUGGAAUGCACUUGGUCAGGAUUUGACUGAACAAAAUAUUUUAAACGCUCUUCAGUCUCUUAAGAAAAAUGGGAUCCAAAUUUCUAGCCUUAUUAUUGAUGACGGUUGGCAGUCUUUGGAUAACGAGGGCCAAUCGCAGUUUGAGCGGGGUAUAACACGUUUUGAAGCAAGCCAGGUUGGAUUUCCGCAUGGCCUACAGCAAACAAUAGCUAAGAUCCGUAAAGAAAACGAGAGGAUAAAGCAUGUUUCUGUAUGGCACGCUCUGUUGGGUUAUUGGGGGGGCAUUUCACCUGCUGGUGAAAUAGCAUCCAAGUAUAACACAAUAGAGGUCGAAAGAACAGGGCAGUUAUCGUCCAGCAAAAUUAAAAUCGUCGAUCCCGAUGAUUUACCUUCGUUUUAUGAUGAUUUUUACACCUUCUUAUCGUCAGCAGGUAUAGAUUCAGUGAAGACUGACGUCCAAUCCGCUUUGGAUAGCCUCGAAGGCGCAACCAUUCGGCAACGUUGUAUAACAACGUACCAGGAUUCUUUGUCCAUGUCAUUGUCGCGGCACUUUCAAGCAAGGUCCAUAUCCUGCAUGUCCCAGACACCCCAAAUCAUAUUCCACUCCCUCUUACCUACCAACAAACCUCGACUCAUACUGAGAAACUCAGACGACUUUUUCCCAGAUAUAGAAUCUUCUCAUACAUGGCAUACUUUUUGCAAUGCCCACAACAGCUUGCUGACAAGAUAUCUCAACAUAAUUCCAGAUUGGGAUAUGUUUCAAACGUCCCAUUCCUAUGCAUCGUUCCAUGCAGCUGCCAGAUGCGUGUCAGGUGGCGUCAUUUAUAUAACAGAUGAGCCUGGAAAGCACAACCUGGCUAUUAUUAACCAGAUGACUGCCUUAACAACGAGAGGCGACACAGUGAUCCUACGCCCCAGCGUUGCGGGCCACAAAUCGGGGAACGUCACAAAACCAAUGCAUCAAGACGAUACCCAUGCAAUGGUGCUUGUGACACUGAAGCCAAGAGACUAUGAUAUUCUCACUGUAUAUCCUGUUUAUGCAUUCGAUGUGCCCAAAAAGUCGAAGCCCUGUGCCGCAGGAACAAAAUCGCGACGUAAGGUUUCUGUGCUGGGGCUUCUCGAUAAAAUGACAGGAGCCGCAGCUAUAAUCGGAUCAGAUAUAUCAAUGGACUCGGGAAAUGACCUUCGGUUUAAUGUUACACUCAAGGCACUUGGAACGUUGGGCCUAUGGAUUUCUGACUUGGCAGAAAGGAGUAUCACGGACAACUUCAUGGUAUUGAUCCAUGGGCUACCAGUGCCGGUUGAAACAGUGCAGCGAGGGAUUGAUCGCGAAGGCUGUAUUUUGUCAAUUGAUGUUUUAACUGCUUGGAAGAAAAUGGGUCUGGAUUCCGGACGGAGUAACGAAGUGGUUGUUCAGGUACUGAUGAUGUAG